UUUUUCCGACGGCUAGUUUCUUUCCUCUUUCUGCCUUCACACUUUACAGUCAUCAUUCAUAGCGUGGGGCCCGUUUCCUAUUCACCAGACGUCGAUCACCGAAUAUUCAUUCUUCACUAUAAACGUAUCAUCAACGCCAAUCGCCAGUUCGAUACACUAAAUCUCUUACGUGGCAAGAUCAAGGCGGUGAAAUUGAUUGAAGCAGCUGUGCCAGUGCGUGACACUGUAAAAUAUCCCGAUUAAAAGAAUUGCAAAGGAAAUUGGGGUGCAAUACCAAUUUGUACGGAUUGCGACCACACUGAAAAAAAACCCGGACGUCACCACCGUAAAAAAAGCCGGAUUUGAUAAUCGGCGAUAGGUCCGGGACUUUUUGUGUCAUUUGCUUGGAGGAUCGUUUGUUUCUGGUUGGGUCUCAUUGGUCAAAAAAGAAACGCCUCUCUUAGAAGAACCAAAAAGAGAAGAGAGAGAAGGCGGCGUCGUGGUUAUACUCUGGAAACCCUAUUUCACCGAUUUCUCUCCAAUUGCAUCCUCUUGCCCAAUUUGUUAAUCAAUAAGCAGAUCGAUUGCUGUUUGGAGGUCGUAUGGGAUAAGUUAUAUCAAUUUUGCGGUUGAGUUUUUGGUCUUAUCGGCUGCAGAUUGUAAACUAAGUCUGCCUUCGUUUUUGCGGGUUUAAGAGAUGGAUUUGGUAGCUAGUUGCAAGGAUAAACUGGGAUAUUUUCGUAUAAAAGAGCUCAAGGAUGUGCUUACUCAAUUGGGCCUUUCAAAACAGGGAAAGAAACAGGACCUUGUUGACCGGAUACUUUCCAUUCUAUCUGAUGAGCAAGUUUCCAAGAUGUGGGCAAAGAAGAGUUCUGUUGGAAAGGAAGAGGUUGCAAAACUAAUUGAUGACACGUACAGAAAAAUGCAAGUUUCUGGGGCAAAUGAUCUAGCAUCAAAGGGACAUGGUGUUUUAGACAGCAGUAACAUGAAAGUUAAAGGGGAAAUUGAUGAUCCCUUCCAGUCUGAUGUGAAAGUUCGCUGUCCCUGUGGAAGUUCAUUGGAAACAGAGUCAAUGAUCAAGUGCGAGGACCGGAGAUGCCAUGUCUGGCAGCAUAUUACCUGCGUUGUAAUCCCAGAGAGGCCUAUGGAAGGAAGUCCACCAGUUCCUGAAUUAUUUUUCUGUGAAAUAUGUCGACUCAACCGAGCUGACCCUUUUCUGGUUUCGGUGGCACAUCCUUUAUAUCCAGUAAAGUUGGCUGCUACAAACAUGCCUGCUGAUGGUACGAAUCCUAUGCAAAAUGUGGAGAGAACAUUUCAGAUCACAAGGGCAGACAGGGACUUACUGGCAAAACAAGAAUAUGAUGUUCAGGCGUGGUGCAUGCUCUUGAAUGACAAGGUACCGUUCAGGAUGCAGUGGCCACAAUACACAGAUCUGCAGGUCAAUGGUGUACCUGUUCGUGCUAUUAAUAGACCUGGCUCACAGCUGCUAGGGUUAAAUGGUCGUGAUGAUGGCCCAAUUAUAACACCAUGCAUAAAGGAUGGGAUUAACAAGAUUUCUUUGAGUGGGUGCGAUGCCCGUAUUUUCUGUCUGGGGGUUAGAAUUGUAAAACGAAGAACUAUUCAACAGAUUCUCAACAUGAUUCCCAAGGAGGGAGAGGCUGAACAGUUUGAAGAUGCACUUGCUCGUGUACGUCGCUGCAUUGGUGGUGGAACUGGAGCAGAUAAUGCAGAUAGUGACAGUGAUAUUGAAGUUGUUGCAGAUUUUUUCAAUGUCACUCUACGCUGUCCUAUGAGUGGCUCAAGGAUGAAGGUUGCUGGGAGAUUUAAACCGUGUGCUCACAUGGGUUGCUUUGAUCUUGAAGUUUUUGUAGAGAUGAACCAACGUUCUAGGAAGUGGCAGUGCCCCAUUUGUAUCACAAAUUAUUCAUUGGAGCAUGUAAUAAUUGAUCCUUAUUUCAAUCGCAUCACAUCAAAGAUGAGGCAAUGUGGAGAAGAUAUGACAGAACUUGAGGUGAAACCUGAUGGUUCUUGGCGUGUGAAGUCUAAAAAUGAAAGUGAGCGGAGGGAACUUGGGGAUCUUUCACAGUGGCACUUACCUGAUGGAACAUUAUGUGCUCCUGUGGAUGUUAAACCAAGAGUGGAGACAUUAAUACCAGUAAAACAAGAAGGAAUUUCAGAGGCUCAUACUGGUUUGAAGCUUGGAAUUCGGAAGAAUCGAAAUGGGGUUUGGGAAGUUAGCAAACCUGAAGAUAUGAACACCUUUUCUUCUGGUAGUAGAUUACAAGGAAAUCCUGAAAAUUAUGAGCAAAAAGUUAUACCAAUGAGCAGCAGUGCCACUGGAAGUGGUAGGGAUGGCGAGGAUCCAAGUGUAAAUCAGGAUGCCGGUGCGACCUUUGAUUUUGCAAACAAUGGGAUAGAGCUUGAUUCUAUGUCUUUGAAUGUUGAUUCAGCAUUUGGAUUUGCUGACCGAAAUCCACCUGCACCAGCUGGAAAUGCAGAAGUUAUUGUUCUCAGCGAUUCAGAAGAGGAGAAUGACAUACUCAUAUCUUCUGGACCUCGAACGGAUGGUGGCGUCAACUUUGCGGUGCCUCCAGCUGGUAUUGCUGAUUCCUACCCUGAGGAUCCUACUAUUGUGCCGGGUGGGAGUUCAUGCUUGGGUCUUUUUAAUGGCACUGAUGAUGAAUUUGGGAACCUCUGGAACUUACCUCCUGGAACCCAAGGAGGCCCUGAGUUCCAAUUAUUUACUACAGGUACAGAUGUCUCAGAUGCCUAUGAUUUGCAUGCUCCAGUUAACUGUCCCACAUCAAUGAAUGGCUACACAAUUGCUCCAGAGACUGCCAUAGGAUCUACGACUUUAGUCCCAGGUUCUGUUUGUCGAUCUGAUGCUGAUAUGAAUGAUGGCUUAGUUGAUAAUCCAUUGGCCUUUGGUGGGAAUGAUCCCUCUCUUCAGUUAUUCCUUCCUACAAGGCCUUCAGAUCCAUCGGCACGAACUGAUUUAAGAGAUCAAGCGGAUAUGUCUCGGAGUGAUGAUUGGAUAUCUCUUAGACUUGGUGGCGGUGCAAGUGGUGGCCAUAGUGGUGACUCAGCAAUUGCUAAUGGAAUCAGGACAAGUCAGCAAACGCCUCCCAGAGAAGAUGCCAUGGAUACGUUAGCUGACACUGCUUCUUUGCUUCUUGGUAUGCACGAAGGUAAAUCUGAGAAAGCAAGUAGACAAAGAUCAGACAGCCCUUUCUCAUUUCCUCGUCAGAAGCGUUCUGUGAGACCACGGUUGUAUCUUUCUAUUGAUACAGACUCCGAAUAGCAUCUUGACUUUUUUAUUCUGGAAUUAUUGGUGAAAGUUUCAAUUGGUUCGUAGUAGAAGCAUUAAACACCAUCCAAUGAAGAUUUGGUAAUUUAGUCCAUUUUGACUGACACAAAUUAACCAAUUGUGAAAAGGAUACACGCAGGAUAAAAUGUUGCCUGAAAUCUGUUCGUUUGAACAACUGUGCAGGCUCGUACAGAUUUUUUCUCCAGAUGGAUCCAUUCAUGGGCCUCUUCCUGUCAUUAACAAAAGUUCUGCCGCUCUCUUGCUGGUAAAUUGUACAGUACAUAGUUAUUAUUUAGAACUAGCUCUUAUAAAAAAAUAUAUAUAUAAUUAGAACUAGCCCGUUGGUUUAGUCCUUUGGAUAUGAUGAGAGAAUAUUCCAGUAAACACAAGAUUUUUACGUCGGUUGAAUGAGAGAUAUAGCCUGUAAAUGUUCAAUCAGAUCUGGUUAUGAAUAUAGAAAA